CAUUGACUUGUCAUGGCCGCAGUAAUGUCAUCAAACCCGCCCACAUCGUCCUCAACGAGAAAACCAAUCGUCCCGAAUCCAUCGCGCUCACCGCUCCCACUCUCCGCAUCUCAAGAGUCCCAAGUCCGCGAGCUAUAUCACAAACGAGUCCGCCAAAAAUGCGCCGAUGAAGUGAGAGAAUUCGCAGCAUGCUGCACCUCCCGAACCUUCACAGCGACCAUCAUGUGCCGCAAAGAGCAAAAAGCCAUGAACAACUGCAUGAUGCUCUACGCCACACAAGCCGAACAGGACGCGGCUCGAGAAGAAUGGUUUGCGACAAUGGAUGAGAGACGGAAAGAGCGCGAGGUGAAGGAAGCAAAGAGGAAGCAAGAUGAGAAGUUUUGGCGCGAGUGGUGGGAUAAAGAUUCCAAGGGCGUGCCAUCUACGGAAGGAAGAGACAAUAAGGGAAGACAUAUACAACCGAAUGGAAAGCCGUGAAGAGCUCGAAUGAAUCACCAAUGGAUGGAAGUUGAUGCUGGAAGACGCGAUGGACAACAUGCAUUACUGGACAUCCGCACCGCGGGUUUGUCUCUAUGUUUACAGCUCAAGCGACAGACUCUGGACGGCCAUCUCCUCCGAGCCCGGCGUACUGGGUAUCUCUACUCUACAAGGCUUCGCCAACUCGACGUCCGGCGCCUGCACCAGGACUAUUACUUCCGCGUACCUCGAACAUUUCUGGCUCGACUACAGGCGAAUGCGCGAGCCCAGCUCGCGCCUCCAUCAGCUCUCUCUGCCGGGCUGGACUUUCCCUGGUCAUAUAGCUGGGCGGAUUACUCGGGAAAGAAAUUUCGACAGCAGCCAUGGCUUCUUCGUAUGUGGGCGAAGGCAAAAUGGGAGUUUCUGGACUGAUUGGAGAAGGAGCCCAAUGAAGCAAGUCCGGAUUGGCCCGUACGCUUCCUCUCCAACGACCGUAAGCUGGAGGUGGAUUCGCCAUCUUUGGAACAUCUUUGUCCCACUCGUCAGGCGUCUGCGUCGCCGCUGCUGUAUUGGCCACGAUUGGAUCGGGACGAACUUCAUCGCUUGGCACAUGAACUUCAAUUGGCAUGGGCGGAACAAAAGUCUCCUCCGCAUCGUCCCCCACAGUUGGAAUACGUCGGACAUGUGGAUGGAGGUGAUCGCGAUGGUUCCGGUGUCUUCGCUGGUGGCCGUGUCGUGUCACCCUCACGAACGUAGGCAGAUCCUUGUUCCGCCGCUUGCUGUACAUGAAGAAGCGGAUGAGAGCGUGGGAGAAGACAAUGGUAGCCAAUAGAAUGCCCAGAAUGAAAAGGACAUGGAAAGUCAUCGUCACUCCGUCGACAGUCAUGGCCAGAGCAACAUCUA